UUCGUGGGCUGUGCGGAUAUCGCUUCGAAACGAGGAUACUAUUCAUAUUUUUAUAUUAAUUCCAGUACUAUAUUUACUUGUAAUUUCGGCUGGUGAUACUCAUCGAAACAUUCUGAAGUGCAUUUGCUUUAUCUGGGUUCUUCUUCUAGGUGAUAUAACUGAGGUGCUGUAAGUCUUUCUUCUAGGUGAUAUCAUACUAAGUUUUGGUGAAUUGAAUACCAGGAAUGGGCAUGAGGAAAAAACAGAUAUUCUGUCACAAAGAAAGUGUGUGCUGUGUGAACUGAUAUAAUUCUGACUAUCUGAAAUUGAGGAUUCUUUUUAAUUAACGAGUUGUUACUUUCUGACACAAAGAAAUGACAAAAACUAACUGCGUUCGGGAGUGGGUCUCAUCCAAUGUGAUCAAAAGAUUAAGAGCAAGGCCGAGUCAGGAACGAUGAUUCGAAUACGACCAUGAAAUCCCCCCGACCGGACAGCCCGAUUCCAGGACUGCCCACCAUCCGAACCAUCCGGGUAGAGAGCGCCAGGACGAGAGAUGACGAAGACAACGAGCCGCUUUCGCUGCCACUCCGCCAUCACAGCGCCGCAGUUGAACGCUCCGGCUCCGUUCUCCUGAGCGGAUUUCCUCCGCUGUCCGCUUCGUCUUCUCCCCGCAGCUACAACGACCCGGGAUCCUUCCCUAUCCCCCACAGGAUCUCGCUCAAGCCCAUCGUCCACCAUAAUCAACCGUUUCCAGGGAACAGGCACUCCUUCCAGCCGACUGCUCUGCCGCCCUUCAAGAACGACGUCCUCACGAGGGGACCUCACCCCACAAACAAUGACGAGCGCCAGACAUCACUGUCUUCCUCACUAUCUUCCUCGCCCUCAGACGGAGAUGGUGAAGAAGAGGACAUGGAAAUUGACACCAUCUCCGCCAAAGUCAGCGACUCGCAGGAAGAGGAGCCGCCUCCCGCUAAGGGCACGGCGAGUAUUCUCUUCGUCAGAUCAUCGGAGGUACCCGUCAGAGUCAACGCGACUUCUGAGCCCACCAGAAUGCAAGGGUGGAAGUGCGAGAAGAAUUUCGAGCGCGAUAAUAAUUCAAGCGAUAUGAAAGUAUGGCCGCAGGUCCUGGUGAGCGUAGUAGUGGCACUUGCCCACUUGGCACUGGGCACAGUCUUAGCCUACCCAGCAAUAUCCCUCCCUCUCCUCAUGACGUCCCCACCAGGUGACUCGGCUUCACUAUCACAAUCAGACGACGCAGACACCUCACCAUUCGACCAGUCAUACAACAGCUCCAACUACGACUUCCUGCCAGUCACCGAGGCCUUCCAGGACGAGGACAGCGACCUUCAAAGGACUCCCGAGAGCGACUCCUUCAAAUCCUCCCCUUUCUCUCACUCGGAGGCUGAGAACAUGACCGGCGAAGGCGAUAACGACACCGGAGACGCGACUUCGCAGUGGUCGGGGUUUUUCCCAGUUAUCCGGAUUCUGCCUGAGCAAGCAGCUUGGUUAGCAUCCAUCCACACGGUGGGCGCCAUCUUCGGCUCGAUGAUAUGCGGGACGCUGUUGGGCGUGUUCGGACAACGCCGGACGAUCCUCCUCAUGGCGCCCAUUGUUCUCACCUCCUGGAUUACGAUAUGGGCGGCGCCCUCUCUCGUCUUCCUCAUGGCCGCUAGGAUGACAGCUGGAGUUUGCAUCGGGGUCCUCGGAACAGGAGCGCAGGUGUACAUAGUCGAGAUUUCUCACGAGAGCAUAAGAGGAUCCCUGACCACCAUCACAGACUUGUACGUGGGGAUUGGCCUCCUGCUCACAUACGGCCUAGGUGCCUUAGGCCUUGGAUGGAGAUGGGCUGCCUUCAUCAUAGGCUUCACCACAAUCGUGCCCCUGAUGAUAGGACUGUCCUUCUUCCCCGAUUCCCCGAGGUGGCUUGCAAUGAAAGGACGCAAGGAAGACGCCCGCAGGGCACUGCAGUUCUUGCGUGGCCACGAGUGUGACAUCAGCAACGAGUUCGAGACGAUUCAGAAAGUCUGCAGUAAUCGAACCCACGUCACCACUAUGGAACAAAUGUCCAUGCUCAAGAAGCCUGCGGUUUACACGCCGUUCCUCACGAGCUGUGGCGUGUUUACUUUCAGCCAGUUCUCUGGGCCUUACGUAGUUUACAGCUACACAGUGUACAUCUUUGAAGUCGCCAAUGUUGGCUUCAGUCCCUACCUGUCAACGGUCAUAGUGGGCGUGGCCAGAUUAAUAGGGUCAUUCAUUGGCAUUGUUGUGGUCGAGAAGGCUGGAAGGCGCAUUCCCUUGAUGGUCGGGGGCACGGGCCUCUCCCUCUCACUGAUGGUCCUGGGGACAUACUUCUCCUUGAAAAGUAGUGAUCCUGAGGGUGCUUCGUCGCUAGGAUGGCUGCCCCUCACCUCCAUGAUUGUAUACACGGUUACGCUUGGGGCUACCAUCAGCCCCAUACCCUUUCUCCUCUCAACAGAGUUGCAGCCACUUUCAUUUAGAUCGAUGGGUUCUUCAGCCUCCAAAGGAGUCUUCUUCGUCUCUGGAAUGCUGGUCACCUACAGCUUUCCAACUCUCAAGAGCAGCCUUGGACCAGCCUUAACCUUCUGGCUGUACUCAGCGUCGGCGUUGGUGCUGGUCGUCCUGGUGGGGGCGGUCGUUCCCGAGACAAAAGGGCGCACCCUGGAGGAGAUAGAAGAGUAUUACAAUCGUAAUGCGAGUAAAUAACGAAAACUUAGUUGAUAGUAUCCAAUUUCAUUACGGUUUAUUACAGAAGUAGAAAAAUCAAACUUUCUUCAAAUUCAUUUAUCAAACUCCCAAGUCUGUUAGUUGGCUUAAUGAAAAUCUGAUAGUAGGUAGAAAAGAAAUGACAUCUGCUAAUUAGGUACACUUUGUACAUACUUCCAUCCAUUUUGAAAUAACUUGGACUGGUUCGAACCAUUCAGAGGAAAUUGAUUACUACAAGCCCCUGUAAGGCUCUACUUCCCCAAAAAAUCUACUUUUUUUCUGAUAUGAACGUCAGUGAAUGAAUAAACAAACUGAAUAACAAUUUUUGGGUCUCCAGAUCAAGUGUUAUGGCAAAAUCUGGCAAUGAAAGACAAUAUUCACUAUUACUGCCGACAUUUCAUUACAUUUCAUUUCAUCCUGUCAAAUUACACAUAUGCAGAUCAUGUCAUCAUAAUUAUGCAGUUGUUAUUGUAAACAAACGUUUUUAUUCACAGUUGUUAUUGCUGUUUAGAUGAACAUUUUUAUAGAGAUGCUAUGA